AUGGUAAACUCGACUUCUGUCACUUUACAGGUGCCGCCAAGACGUCCUUUUCGUCGCACUCCGGGACCAAAGGUCAAAAAUCGGUGGCCAGGUAAAGGAGAUUGGCAGCAUUUGGAAUAUGUUGAAUUACCAUUGCGCAUCGUAACGUGUGUGCCAGUGGGUGAAGAAAACUUGACGACUACAACGGGGACAAUGCACAUCCAAGUACCUGGCUGUGGACAAGUUCUACCUACACUGAUGACAGUGGUCCAUCUAGUCCAAGCUUCUGGUUUCUUCACCAAUGACGAUUAUACUAUGAUGGAAAAGACUCAUUACGCUUUGAUAAAAGAUUUGUUGGUACUUCCAUUUCCCAUUUCCCGCCCGUGGUCACCUUUUCAAAAACGGCAAUGGGGUUUUGUUGAAGAUCGAAAGGAGGUUGUUCUAACUUGUCGACAAUGGAAGAAAUAUGUGGAGUUGCGUCGCUUUGCGUCAGUCACAUCUCUCGUUUGUUUGCGGGAGGAACGUCCCAUGCCGUUGGCAGGAAUUCCAACUACCUUGGAUCCUCAUCGCGCGUGGCUUAAUUCUGCAGGUUUAUUGCGGUUUGAUUUCCACCAUGGCGAUUUUGUGCGCUGGCUUGGUGGCAAAUAUGUCAAUCAAGGUCGGGAUUUCAAUGCCAAAUGGGAUAUUAUCGAAAAGACAAUGGAUGGCAAGACCGUUCCAAAGGAAUAUCCUCCUGUGAAAUUUGACAUGGCGUACCGGAUUCAAACUGAGGGAGUUCCACUACGUGCAACCUAUACAACUCCAAUGGAAGCUACUAUCUUACGCAAUGCCUACGAUAACCAUCCUGCAGUAUCCGCGAACAUGGAAAAGGUCGAGGAGAAAUUUGCGAAGGAAGAGUGGAAAGCAUACCAUAUCCACUAUCUGCGUUUUGUCUAUGAAUUCAUACCUGGGCUUGUGAUCAAUCCUAUUCAGUGGGUUUUUGACAAAGGAAAAGUGACAGAAUUCUAUCAGGAACGGGAUUCGUGA